ACAAGCAAUCCGUCCUUUCAACCAGUGAUUGUAGCUUUUCACAAGUGAUUUUUCUCAGAGCUUACUGACAGAUCAAUUGGCCUAUCUCGUACGUUUGCGUGAGCUAUCAUUUGGUUGUCCGCACUGCAAGUUGGUUGAAAAAGAAGAAAGCUUUAUCCGAUUCAUCGGCAUGUUGGGGAAAAAAAAAGGAAAGUUCGCUCGAAUACAGAGCAAGCCAGGAACUUGGAAAAUAUGCUGUGGAUAUGCUAAAAAAUCUUCAGUUGAUGAAGGCGUGGAAAAUAUACUAGGAAAAGAAAGAUACAAUGGAUAUAUGAGAAAACCAAUUCUCAGUGAAUUAGGCAUUCGAAAUAUUUCUGAAUGGAAUGCGAAGCCAUCUGUUAUUGUUGAAGUCCUUAAAGAAAUUCUACAGAUCAUUCCAAAUCCAGAAAAAAAUGGAUAGAACAAAAAAGGAAAAGAAGAAAAACAAGCAACUUCCUUCAUUAAACGGGAGGAAAAGAAUUCCUGUAAAUACGAAAGCAAUCCCACCCCCCAAAAAAACAAAAGAAGGAGAAAGGAUCGUCCCCUGAUUGAAUUUCCCCACACAAUCAGUCAACUGACCACACGAUUUAUCCAAACAUCAUUUGUCAAGGCAGCACUGGAAAACGGAUUCCUAAUGAUGGCGUUUCUUUCUCUGCUUCGAGUACCUGAUGACUCUUCAGGACAACUGACGGUCAUUCGGGAGGCUGAUGGAUCUUUGAUCCGGAUACUGUCUCGGGUGGAUGUAUCCUAUCUUUAGAGACCUGGGCUUUGAUUCAGGGCUUCUUUAAACUAAGGUGCAAAAAUGAAAUGCAAUUUA